CGAGACUAUCACUCACUCAUUUCCCCAAAUUCUCCGCCCUCCAAAUUUCCUCCAUCGCCGUUUCUUCUCGAAGAUGAAUUCGAUGCUCAGAUCCGCCAGAACCCUUGCCACCACGGCCUCGCGAUCUUCCAUCCUCCGCCGUGGCUACUCAUCGGAGUCCGUUCCUGACCGCAAGGUCGCCAUCCUCGGCGCGGCUGGAGGGAUCGGCCAGCCGCUCUCCCUGCUCAUGAAGCUCAACCCUCUCGUCUCCAACCUCGCCCUCUACGAUAUCGCCAACACCCCCGGUGUCGCCGCCGAUGUCAGCCACAUCAACACCAGAUCUGAGGUUACCGGAUACUUCGGUGAUGACCAACUAGGUAAGGCCUUGGAGGGAGCCGAUGUUGUGAUCAUUCCAGCUGGGGUGCCAAGGAAGCCUGGAAUGACACGUGAUGAUCUCUUCAACAUUAACGCUGGGAUUGUGAAAGGUCUCUGUGAAGCAAUUGCCAAGUACUGCCCCCAUGCGCUCAUAAAUAUGAUCAGCAACCCAGUGAACUCAACUGUUCCAAUUGCUGCUGAGGUUUUCAAGAAAGCUGGAACUUAUGAUGAGAAAAGGUUGUUUGGGGUUACUACUCUUGAUGUUGUUAGGGCCAAGACAUUCUAUGCUGGGAAGGCCAGAGUCCCCGUUGCAGGGGUUAAUGUUCCAGUUGUUGGUGGACAUGCUGGUGUUACCAUUCUCCCAUUGUUUUCCCAGGCCACCCCAAAAGCCAAUGUAUCAGAAGAGGAAAUUGUCGCUCUUACUAAGAGAACUCAAGAUGGUGGCACAGAAGUUGUGGAAGCUAAGGCUGGAAAGGGUUCCGCUACUUUGUCUAUGGCCUAUGCUGGUGCCCUUUUUGCCGAUGCAUGCUUGAAGGGUCUCAAUGGUGUUCCUGAUGUGGUUGAAUGCACGUUUGUUCAAUCAAAUGUCACUGACCUUCCUUUCUUUGCUUCCAAGGUAAGACUUGGCAAGAACGGUGUUGAUGAAGUCCUCGGAUUGGGACCUCUCUCCGACUUCGAGAAAGAAGGGUUGGAAAAGCUGAAGCCGGAGCUGCUUUCCUCCAUCGAGAAGGGAAUCAAGUUUGCAAACAAGUAAAAUGGGAUCGAUCGCAAAUCAACAUUUUGUGGUCCGUGUUUCACUAGUUUUGUAUUCGUUGUAGCAGCCAACAGCAUUGGCUCGAGAUCUCUGUUAGUUCGGAAGAGUUUAUGAAACCAUUAAAACUGGACCUCUCUAACAAAUAAUCCCAGUUGUGUAGGGAGACAAAUAUUGUUGCUGGCUUUUGUUCUACAUUCCAAAUUGGAAGCUUCUUCUCCCACAUUCUGUUGGUGGGGCUAAACUGGGAUUGGUUCUUCAUACAUGUUGCAUCUGGCGUCCUGGUAUAAAAUUAUGCAAUUGUAUGGUAACUCUAUUGGUUAUUUUAGGUUAUAGCUAUCUAAAAUAGUAUGCAAUUAUGCAACUUCACGUUUGUGAAACCUAUUCAGCUUGGCAUUACUCUGCUAGUUGGACUCGGUGAAAAAAAACCAAUACACAGUUGUUUUACUA